CUGAUUUGAAUUUUUUUCUAAUUAAGAAAAAAAAAAUGAAAAAAGUUCAACUAAGUAAUGUUAUCAUUCUAGUAACAGUAGCCAGUUUUUUUAUCUAUACAGUAUUAGCCAUAGAUAUCAAUUUAAGGUUUAAUGUAAUUCACCAUCACGCGUUUGAUUUUAAAAAUGAUACCCUUAAGAAUGAUAACAUAUUGGCUGUUUAUUUCGAAGGCGAUGGUCGCAAUAUGUUUUACUUGGAUAACCACCAGAUGAUAGAUCCUCUUGUCUAUACUGGUUAUGUUCCAUUAAGCAAAGGUCUUCAACGUUACAAGUAUCUUAUUGUUGAUAAAGAUAAACAACAUAUCAUUGAUGAAGAACCCUUCUUUAGAGGCCCUAUCAACAACAACAACAACACUCAUAAGACAGUUUCUCCUUAUGAAUUUUAUGGCAGAUUAGUAACAAAGCAACAAUUACCAUUAUCAUUCACUCGAUUUUCAUCACACAGCCUAUCAUCAGGAGCUCAUGUUAAAGAACUCAAGAGCCGUGAAUUCGUUCAUCCUUCAGAUGAGAUUCCUACAUUUCAUAUUCGAACCAAAUAUCCUGAGGACAUGGCUCAGUUACAUAAUCACAUAUUAGAAGAAGUUCGUAUCUUUGCUAAUCUGACACGUAUCACAUCCAACACGAUUGAAACCUAUGAUAAAGUCGAACUUGAACUAAGUGGUCAAACAUCCCGUUUGUUUAAAAAGUUAAGCUACAGUAUUUAUAUUAACUCGGAUAAUGAUACUACCUCCUUGAAUGGCUAUCGUCGCUUUAAGCUUCGUUCAUGUGUUACAGACCCCAGUUUCCUUCGUGAGAAGCUUUAUUAUGAUCUUUUGGAUGCCACACAUGUUCCAACUGCAAAGGCUUCUUUUGUUAGGUUAUUCAUUAACAGUGAGCCUCAAGGCCUCUAUUUACUAGUUGAUCAUUACAAAGCUCCCUUUUUGCAAAAUGUAUUUGGAAAUGAUCAACAAGGUACUUUAAUUCAAGGUAGCAUGCAGGAGAACCCACUUGCUACCAGUAAAAUUUUACAACGAGGUGCUAAUCUGGGCUAUUUUGGUCCCUCCAAGAAAAAUUACUUUGAUUUAAAAACACAAUCAGGUCCUUAUAAAAUACAACAAAAGGCCUCUGAUAAUGAAUUAGAUGGUUUCAUAUCUUUUAUCAAAUUUAUUAAUAGUAAGAAAAACAGGACAAAUGAUUACCUAUUAGCUCAAGAAUGGAAUAAGCGAUUUGAUGUCUCUUUAUUCCUGAAACACAUGGUCUUUGAAAUUAUCUUGGGUCAUAGUGAUGGUUAUUUGGGCGCAGCACAUAAUUAUAUGCUUUACGAAGAUCCUGCUCAAGAGGGUCGAUUUAUCUGGUUUUCAUCUGAUUUAGAUCAGACCAUAGGGAAUACCCUAAAGUCAAAUCGUCAAGGAAGAAAAAACUUGACAGCAUUUGAAAGACUAGAUCGUUAUGGGAUCUUUAAGCCAUCUAAUCAUCGUCCCUUAAUAACCGAGAUUUUUAAAAUUAGAGUCUUUAAAGACGAAUUUUUCAAAUAUCUUUCUGAUAUUUAUCAUGCCUUUUUCAAGACAAAUGCUAUUAUAGAUCAUAUCCAUUACCUAAAGACAUUGAUUAAAGUAGAUGCAAAUUGGGAUAAACAGCUUGACAGGCAUCGUGCUAAUUAUUUCGAAACAAAUCAAGCUACCUAUAAUGCUAUGUUAUUUGAGAAAGUACUUCAGUUACCCCUUGGACAAGACUUUAUGGAUAGGAUCGAAAAUCAUUCUAUUGAUUUUAAUGCUGCUAUUGAAGGACCCAUUGAAGGACACCCAUCUAUUAUACCUCUUUUACAAUGGUUUAAAGAAGUAGAUACUUUAUUAAAUCUUGUUAUCCUUGAUGGAAUUUAAAAUAAAAUUUCC